GCGGAAGGAUACUCGCAUCUCUAAUCCCGUUACUAGGUUUUACGCCCACCAAAGCACUCCGAGUUGGCGCGCGCGCAAGACAGCAACUUCCGCGAUACCGGUUUGAACGAUGCGCCCUCCCUGCCAGCUCAGAAUGGAACCGGCCCCUUUCUUCUCGGCGUCCCUUCGUUCUAUCCCGCGUGGCCUCGCUACAACGAUAUCGCCCCAUUCGCUUCUGCUCGCCACGUGACCUUGCACAGCUGCCAAUAGGUAGCCUGCAAGCACGGCAGAAGGAAGGCGCGGGACAAAAAAAGAAAAAGAUUGUCACACCGCCAUUGCGAAUACGGUUACUACGUCGUUUACAAAUGGCGCCGGGGCAGAAACGCAAAGCGAUUUCCCUGCACACCAAGUGCGAUAUCAUCAUGGAAGCUCAGCAAGGUGCCAAAGUUGUUCACCUGUCCAGAAAACACGGCCUUCCGCAGUCCACCAUCUCGACGAUUUUGAAGAAAGGGGAGAAAUUCAUCGAGUCGGCGUGCAGUGGAAGCCAGCCCGGCAGCAGGAAACGCAUUCGAGAAGCUGCGCUAAAGGACGUGGAAGACGCCUUGUUCGAGUGGUUUGUGGACAUGCGAGCACGCGACGAGACGGUGAGCGGACCCAUACUGGCAGCGGAAGCGACCCGCUUGGCCAAGGAGCUCGGGCGGGGAGAUUUUCAGCCGGGAGGCGGUUGGAUUCAGAGGUUCAAAGACCGGCACGGCAUUGUCAAUUGGAACGUUGUGGACAGAGAUUUCCUCAAGAGUUCCUAUGCUGAAAACAAGGGGGAAUACAUCAUUCCCAACAUCCCAGACGCAAGCGCACCUUCCACAUCCGCAGCGCUCGACCCGUCGUCCUCCCUCAUACUCAGCGACGUCCGAUCCCUAACCGACCUGGCGGAAGACACUCAGAUCCAGAUCAAAGAGGAAAUCGUAGAAGAGUCCAUGGAAGAAGAAGAAGAAGAACACGUCCUGGUAUCGGAAGUCCCUCCGUCACCAUCAUCCGCGACGACGAGCUUCACGAUUCCCCCUUUCGCAGGCCCGUCAACAUCCGCGGCUACCGCACAGCUGCUCACCUUGAGCGAAUCUCCUCUGGUUCAAGUCGUCACUAAUACGGUGCCCAUGGUGGUGCCCAGUGCACCAACAGACACUCCUCCCAUGCUUCCUCCCGUCGGUCAGUCGACACCCCAACUGCAGGAGCCUCAAGAAACUCCGGUUCCCAUGACAACGAGCACACCAGAAGCAAGGGCAGGGCCCAAGAGCUUCGCCCUAACACGAAAGCGACAGGCGACUCCCUGGACUCCGCCUUCCAUUGCGGAUCGGAAGGCGAAGGUGGAGCUGGAACUGUUGCAGGCUAAAAAAAAGAAGCUCGAGGCUGAAGAGCGGAAAGCCAUCGCCGAGACGCAGCGGAUGGCGGAAGAAAGGAAGAAGUUUGAGGAAGAACAGAAAAAGUUGAGGGCUGAAGCCGACUUCUAUCUCCAGGAGAGGAUUCGGUCCGCGGAGGAGACGAAAAAGGCGACGGCCAUCGCUGAGUACCAUUUCGAGGAAAAGAGGAAGGCUUCUGCAAAAGCAGACAUGCUAAUCGAACACAAGAGGUUUUACAUCGAACAACAGAAGACCGAGAUUAUUCGUCGAAAGAUGCUCAUGUUCGAACUGAGGAAAAUGAAGCAGGACCUGAAGCUUGUCGCUCAGUGAUGUGUGCUAACGACCCUGUGAUCAUCCCUGCAAUCCAUCGGAACUUCAUGUUUCAUUCAUAGUUCGUUCGGUAAAUCGGAAAUGUCAAUAGUGCUAGUCACUUUCACGCUAUGUACAGUUCACGUUUUCUUCUUUGCGGACAAGGUGUCCACUGUUGUUUGAACGUUAGAGGUGGGACGAUGCACUACGCAUGUACAUAGUGUACGCGUGCAGCUAUAAUAGCCGGCGUUUAAGAGAAUAUAUGGUUUUAGAAAAGUGG